CUGGCAGGUUUGUACAUUCCAAAUAUCUCCUUUUGUCAUCCGCAAUCAGCAUUGCCGACAUGUACUCCUCAGAUCCACUACUCUAUGACAGACUCAUCCGCCGCUUCCAGACGGCCGACGAGCGGGAGAAGGAAGGCCGGGAGCGAGGGUACACGGGCAGCCUAGAGGCGGACCUUGUUCGGUCAGAAGCCAAGCUCGAGGCGCUGCGGCAUCCUGACCCGAAUAGUCCGGUCGUGUAUAAGCGGGCUGGUGAUGGCAGUAUUGUCGGGGUGGAAGCGGAUGAGGAUGAGCGCGCUCAUGGCAGGGAGGAAGGCAGGGAGCGGUGGGUGGAUGUUAUGAGCCAGCGGUUUUUGAGGGGAGACGAUACGGAGUUUGAUUACAGUACUGUUGAUGAUAAUGAGGAGUAUGACGACCGUGGAGAGGAGGACCGCAAUCAGCUCGAGCAGUAUUUGGGGAAGGAGGAUGAAGAGUUUUCAUCUUCGACCUUGCUGAUCUGUUCUCCGCCACCCAUGCCAGUUUGGAAGCUCGACGUCAGCGCGUCCGGCCACGACCGUGAGCCAACGUCUCCGUGGCUAGGAUUCUUGUGCCUCGGGACCGAGUCAUAAGUCGCGCAUGCGAUGCGCGUGUGAGCCGCAGGCUAAGCGGCUGCCCUGCCGCGGACAACGUGCACUAUGUUGGGACCGCAGUCUGCACACGAGACGAUGAGCUACCAGUGCACCUCUGUCGCACAUCCCGAGGACGUAUCGGAGUUGUUCCACGCCAUUUGCGUCAGCAUUAAUAGUGCAUGGAGUGUCGACUUUCGAUUCUUGCCUAUAGCAGAUCAGAACUGUUAAGGAGGGAUUAAAUAAUGCAAGGUCGUACCAUUUGAGCCCACAGCUUAAGAGUAUCCGCG